GUGACGAGGGGGAAAAAAUGAAGUCAAUUAUACAACACACCGGCGGCUUGUCCCUCCUCUUCCCCAUCCCCACUACUACAGCUGGGGGCUCCACAUGCGCCGCGGCGCUCCGAAGCCUGCAGCGGGCACACCGGCUCCAGUCCGUCGGCAUGUCGGCCGGCGACUCCGAGGGGACGGCGGGCAGGCCAGAAGAGGAGGAAGGGCCGAGGCAAGCGGGCCCGUCGCUGCCAGCUGUCGAGCUGCCAAGGAAACGAAAGGGAGAUGUGGAGGAGAGGUCAGACGACCAUGUACAGCAAAGCCUUGACUUCGAGAUGGAAGAUGACCUCAGCAGAUCUGAAGGAGAGGAUCAGCAAGUCAAAAUGAAAUGCUUCAGGGAGCCUCACCGGCAGAUCGAGAAGCGGCGAAGGGAUAAAAUGAACAACCUCAUUGACGAGCUGUCGGCCAUGAUCCCCGCCUGUCAGCCCUUGACUCGAAGACUGGACAAGCUCACUGUGCUGAGGAAGGCUGUCCACCACCUGAAAGGCCUCAAAGUUGGGUCGAGCGGCGCCUUCACAGACACCAACCACAAGCCUUCCAUCCUGCAUCAAGAUGACCUCAGGCACCUUCUGCUCAGCGCUGCAGACGGUUUCCUGUUAGUUGUAAGUUGUGACCGGGCAAAAAUCCUCUUCCUCUCCGAGUCCGUCUCCAAGAUCCUCAACUUUAGCCAGUUGGAGCUGACUGGGCAGAGCCUGUUCGACUUCAUCCACCCCAAAGACAUCAACAAGGUGAAGGAACAGCUGUCGUCUGCAGAGCUGCACCCUCGCCAACGCCUCAUUGAUGCAACAACUGGAUCUCAGGUCCAGGCCGACAGCCCCGUCAGGGCGUCCCACUUGUCCACUGGGGCUCGGCGAGCCUUCUUCUGUCGCAUGAAGCACAGUCGGCUGGCAGGCAACCACGAAGACAAACGCCCCAUGCCCAGCUCUUUCAAAAAGAAAGACUCUUACAGAUACUGCACCCUCCACUGCACUGGAUACAUGCGGAGUUGGCCGAGCAGCCAGAUGGACCCGGAAGGAGAGGCCGAGAAAGAAACCUCGUAUCUGUCCUGCCUGGUGAUGGUGUGCCGCCUCCACCCCCACGUGUCCCACCACCCACCCAAAGACAUCACCGUCAAGCCCACCGAGUUCGUCACCCGCUGUGCGAUCGACGGCAAGUUCACUUUUGUAGACCAACAAGCCACGACUGUCGUCGGUUAUCUGCCGCAGGAAGUUCUCGGCACGUCGUGUUACGAGUACUUCCACCAGGACGACCUGCAGCACCUCGCAGAGACACACAGGCAAGUUCUUCGAAGCAAAGAGAAGAUUGAGACACAGCGCUACAAGUUCAAAACAAAACAUGGCUCCUAUGUCUCGCUUCAGAGUCAGUGGUUUAGUUUCACAAAUCCAUGGACCAAAGAAGUUGAGUUUAUCGUGUCUUCAAACAGGGUCAUCUCCAGGGGGCCCGGUCACACAAAAGAUGAGGAGGAGGCCAUCGGCUCAAAAGCACUUCAAGAAGACACUAAGCAAAUACCCAUAAUUCCCGGCCUUUCCAGUGGUUUGGGCACAAUGAUCUACGCAGGCAGUAUCGGGACCCAAAUCGCCAAUGAGCUCAUCGACACCUACAGGAUGAACUCUUCUCCAUCAAGCGGAGCCUCCAGUCCGUUUGGCUCGGCCCAGGAGAAAUGUCCACUGGUUUCCCCUCAAACCAGCAGGAGUGCAUCCAGCAGAGAGGACACAGCAGGCAGUUCGUCCCUGUCCCAGUCUGACUCGAGGACGGCAGCGGGCACGAGCAGUGGAACGUCUGAAAGCACAGGCGAACCGUCCCAGCUAGACUUGGACAACAUGGUGGUGCCGGGCCUGAGCAGCUUUAGCAACGAUGAGGCAGCCAUGGCGGUCAUCCUGAGCCUGCUGGAGACGGAUAUAAGCAUGGGUCAGUCGGGUCAGUUUGAGGACUUGCACUGGCCUUUCUAGCGGUCACUGACUGUCCGCCCCUCUAUGUGCUCUUGUGCCGUUUUCUUGCCGUUUGCCAUGAACGUGGGCGAUCCGUCGUUACAUUUUGCCACCGACUGAUCUGAUGUCUCACAACUGAACCCACUGGUGUCGAGAGGCUGGCUGCAGACACAAGAUGGCACACCUCCACCAUUGAGGACAUGUGACUUCAGUGUGGAUGAUGCUAGUGUAUCGUAUGUUACUUGUUACAGAGUAUAAACUAGACUAGAUGUUCAAAUGGUAAACGAGGAGACGUUAUAUUCUCAGUUUGGGUCAAUGAAGAUUAUUUGGUGAGACAUUUUAUUUCAGAUAAAACAAAGCUUGAAUAUAUCCUCACCUGAAUAAAUGUUAAGAUCACGAAAUUGAGUAAAUUUCCACUUCAAGUCAACAACUACAAAAGUAAACAACUAAUGUCACAGACUACAACACUGAAAGCUCCAGUAAUGAAAGAACUGGCAAAAUACCAUUUUCCUAAAUGUAAAUUUAUACAUUUAAAAUCUUGUAUUGUCAUUACAUAGAAGUGAAACUACAUUGAAAACUCAUUAAUGUGUCAUAGAAGCAAUUGCAUCUGCUGUGAGUGUCACACGUCCUGCAUGGGUCAGGUCCACCAUCUUGUGUCGAGAGUGCGGACCCCCUCACUAGACUUUUACCAAAAGCUGUAACACGUCCUACUCGAGGAAGCCAGAUAUCGGGAUUGACGUUUCAAGUCAAUAGCCUCUGGUAAGACUGUGUCUUCUUCAGUGACACUUCUGU